UUACGUUCCUGUUAUUGCAAUUCCUUUCUUUGUCUAAACCCAAACAACGUUUUCCAAUAUAGCCGCAAAACACAGGCAUGUCCAUAAAUAAAUAAACCCUAGUGGAGGAGGGAAGUGAAGGGUCUGUAUUGAGAGGAGCUGCACUAACUGGGGCAGAUAGGGACAAAUUGGCGCCAUUUUGAAGCCGACAGGAGGAUCUCAGUAGUGGGAGAAGCGAUUGGAGCGCGCACUUUUCCCCCAACAAGUGAGCACUGAUUGGAGAGCAUGGCUCACUCCAAGAAUCGAGCCACGGAUGGCAAGAUCACCUAUCCACCGGGGGUGAAGGAGAUCUCUGAUAAAAUCUCAAAAGAGGAGAUGGUGCGGAGACUAAAGAUGGUGGUGAAAACCUUCAUGGAUAUGGACCAGGAUUCGGAGGAGGAGAAAGAGCUGUAUCUGAACUUGGCUUUGCACCUUGCCUCAGAUUUUUUCCUCAAACAUCCAGAUAAAGAUGUCAGACUGCUUGUGGCCUGCUGUCUAGCUGAUAUCUUUCGUAUCUAUGCGCCCGAGGCUCCAUACACAUCACCUGAUAAACUAAAGGAUAUUUUCAUGUUUAUAACUCGACAGCUGAAAGGGUUGGAGGACACGAAGAGUGCCCAGUUUAAUCGAUAUUUUUACCUACUGGAGAACAUCGCUUGGGUGAAAUCAUACAACAUCUGCUUUGAAUUGGAGGACAGCAAUGAGAUCUUUACUCAGCUCUACAGAACUUUGUUCCAAGUGAUCAACAAUGGCCACAAUCAGAAGGUUCACAUGCAUAUGGUGGAUCUCAUGAGUUCAAUCGUAUGUGAGGGCGACACUGUCUCGCAGGAACUUUUGGACACUGUUCUGGUUAACCUGGUCCCAGCACACAAGAAUCUGAACAAGCAAGCGUACGAUCUGGCCAAAGCUUUGCUGAAGAGAACUGCUCAGGCCAUAGAGCCGUACAUUACCAACUUCUUUAACCAGGUGUUGAUGUUGGGGAAGACUUCAGUCAGUGAUCUGUCAGAACAUGUCUUUGACCUGAUCCUUGAGCUCUAUAACAUCGACAGCCAUCUACUGCUCUCUGUCCUGCCUCAGUUGGAGUUCAAGCUCAAGAGCAACGAUAAUGACGAACGUCUGCAAGUGGUAAAGCUCCUGGCCAAGAUGUUUGGGGCGAAGGAUUCUGAGCUGGCCUCACAGAACAAACCUCUCUGGCAGUGCUACCUUGGGAGGUUCAAUGACAUCCACGUACCCAUUCGACUGGAAUGUGUGAAGUUCGCUAGCCAUUGCUUAAUGAACCAUCCAGACUUGGCAAAAGACCUCACAGAGUAUUUGAAAGUGAGGUCACAUGACCCAGAGGAGGCAAUUCGGCAUGAUGUCAUCGUGUCUAUUGUGACGGCCUCCAAAAAGGAUCUCUCACUUGUCAAUGAUCAACUGCUUAACUUCGUAAGGGAGAGGACUCUUGAUAAGCGGUGGCGGGUUCGUAAAGAGGCAAUGAUGGGUCUGGCUCAGAUCUACAAGAAAUACGCCCUACAGGCAGAGGCCGGCAAAGAGGCAGCCAAGCAGAUAUCCUGGAUCAAAGACAAACUGCUCCACAUUUACUACCAGAAUAGUAUAGACGAUCGGUUGCUCGUGGAAAGGAUCUUUGCUCAAUAUCUAGUGCCUCACAACCUCGAGACUACAGAGCGGAUGAAAUGUCUGUAUUACCUGUACGCAACAUUGGAUGGAAAUGCUGUCAAAGCUCUGAAUGAAAUGUGGAAGUGUCAGAACAUGUUGAGACAUCACGUCAAAGAUCUCCUGGAUCUUGUUAAACAGCCAAAAUCUGACUCCUACAACAAGACUGUGUUCUCAAAGGUCAUGGUCAUCACAAGAAACCUACCAGACCCGGGAAAGACGCAGGAUUUUGUGAAGAAACUCGCUCAGGUUCUUGAGGAGGAUGAGAAGAUCAGGAAGCAGCUGGAGACCCUGGUGAGCCCGAGCUGCUCAUGUAAACAAGCAGAGGUCUGCGUGAAAGAUAUUACCAAAAAACUGGGUAGCCCCAAACAACCCAGCAACCCUUUCCUAGAGAUGGUCAAGUUUUUACUUGAGAGAAUAGCACCGGUCCAUAUCGACACAGAAUCCAUCAGUGCCCUUAUCAAACAGGUCAAUAAAUCUAUAGAAGGGACUGCUGAUGAUGAAGAUGAGGGAGUCCCGACCGAGCAAGCCAUUCGAGCUGGCCUGGAACUGUUGAAGGUCUUGUCCUUCACCCAUCCCGUGUCCUUCCACUCUGCUGAGACGUUUGAGUCAUUGCUUGGGUGUCUUAAGAUGGACGAUGAGAAGGUGGCUGAGGCAGCCCUGCAGAUCUUCAAAAAUACUGGCAACAGACUGGAGGAGAGCUUCCCACACAUUAAAUCAGUUCUGCUACCAGUACUGCAGAACAAAGCCAAGAAGGGUCCUCCUCGCCAGGCCAAAUACGCUAUCCACUGCAUCCAUGCCAUGUUCUCCAACCGAGACACACAGUUUGCACAGAUAUUUGAGCCUCUGCAUAAGAGUCUUGACACAGACAACAUGGAGCAGCUCAUAACACCUUUAACAACACUGGGACACCUGGCUAUGCUGGCCCCAGAACAGUUUGCAGCUCCACUCAAAUCUUUAGUGGCCAAUUUCAUCGUCAAAGACUUGUUAAUGAAUGACCGGAUUCCUGGCAAGAAAACUACCAAGCUGUGGGUUCCAGAUGAUGAAGUCUCCCCUGAAACAUUGGCUAAGAUUCAGGGUAUUAAACUGAUGGUGAGGUGGCUUCUCGGUGUGAAGAACAACCAGAGUAAAUCUGGUAACUCUACUUUGAGAAUGCUGACCGCCAUCCUGAGCAGUGACGGUGAUCUGACAGAACAGGGCAAGAUGGGGAAGCCAGAUAUGUCUCGUCUGCGGCUGGCAGCUGGCUGCGCGAUUCUUCGUCUUGCUCAGGAGCCGUGUUACCAUGAGAUCAUCACCCUGGAGCAGUACCAGCUCUGUGCUCUUGUUAUCAACGAUGAGUGCUACCAGGUGCGACAGGCCUUUGCCCAGAAGCUGCACAAAGGUCUGUGCAGAUUGCGUCUGCCGCUGGAGUACCUCGCCGUGUUCACACUGUGUGCCAAAGACCCGGUGAAGGAGCGCAGGGCGCAUGCUCGCCAGUGCCUUGUCAAAAAUAUCAACCUGCGCAGAGAAUACCUGAAACAGCACGCAGCAGUAAGCGAAAAGCUGAUAUCUCUCUUACCGGAAUAUGUGGUGCCAUAUGCAAUUCACCUUCUGGUCCAUGACCCAGACUAUGUGAAAGUCCAGGACAUUGAGCAGCUCAAAGACAUCAAAGAGGCUUUGUGGUUUGUUUUAGAGAUCCUAAUGGCCAAAAAUGAAAACAACAGCCAUGCGUUCAUCAGGAAAAUGGUCGAAAACAUAAAACAGACAAAAGAUGGACAAUGUCCCGAUGAUCCCAAGAUAAACGAGAAACUGUACACGGUGUGUGAUGUAGCCAUGAACAUAGUCAUCUCCAAGAGCACCACAUACAGUUUAGAGUCGCCUAAAGAUCCUGUACUGCCUGCACGUUACUUCACGCAACCAGACAAGAAUUUCAGUAACACGAAAAACUACCUGCCUCCCGAGAUGAAAUCCUUUUUUACCCCUGGAAAGCCUAAGGCAGCAAACGUGCUGGGUGCUGUGAACAAGCCCCUGUCUGCCACUGGAAAACUGCAGACCAAACUCUCCCGCAUGGAGACCAUCAGCAAUGCCAGCAGCAAUUCCAACCCCAGCUCCCCUGGCCGCAGUAAAGGAAGAUUGGACUCCGGUGAUGUGGACCACAGUGAGAAUGAAGACAUUUCUAUGAAGAGCCCAUCCGAGACUGAAAAGCCCACCAGGGGGCGCAAACGGGGUGCCGCCUCUAACCAGGACGACAAGAGCCAGGAGUCCAAGCCCAAGCGGGGCCGCAAGAAAGCAGCCAAUACGAGCACUGAUGAUACAGAGGAACCGUGGGGUGAGGACAGCAGUAUGGCAGAGACGACCAUGGAGACCGAAGAUGAACAGAACAGUCCGCCCAAGAGGGGUCGCAGAGGACGGCCCCCCAAGUCGGCUGCCGCCAAAGACGAGACGCCCAACAAGGGCAGGAGGGGCCGCAGGAAGGCUGCUCCGCCUGCAGAGGAGGAGAAUGAAGAAGAGCAGCAGCAGGAAGAGGAGGAAGAGGAAGAGGAUGAUGGAGGCAGUGAGAAUAUGGAGGUGAAGCCCAAGGGCAGGAGAGGGCGCAAACCUCGAGUGGAGACAUCAGAGGCAGCCAGCGAUUCUAUUGAAUCCACACCUCAGAAAAGAAGAGGACGACCUCCAAAAUCACAAACGGUGGCUAAGAAAGCCAGUGCUGGGAGAACCAGAGCUGCUGCCAAUCAGGAAGAGGAGUCUGAAGAGGAAAUGGACACAGCUCAACAGAGUGAGGAGGAAGAGGAGACAACAUUUGACACUUCACCUAAAGUGCGACGGAAGGUCGGGAGAAGGGACCGAAGAUGAGUGCAUCAAGACGUACGAAACGAAAGAGCGAUUUAAGAUUAGCCAUUCUUAAGAAGAAUAAAAAGUCCGGAAGGGAAGAGUGAACUUGUGGAAAGUUUGGACUUUAAGGAGCCAUGCAUCUGCUUCAGCUGUAUUUUGCCGUCUUUUCUGCCAUGCGCUUCUGCCCCAUCUAUCUGCCCCAUUUUUGCAUUAUGUGUGCCGUCCAUGUGAUCUUAACCUUAUGAGAAAGAAAGUGUAAAUAGUUUUUUGGGCUCUUACUAUCCCCCUACCCACCCAAGUUUAGGGAGGCAACUUGUAUAGCUUUUACCUCCAGCUUUAUAUGUAUUGCACCAGCUGAUCUGUCCAAGUAAAGGAAAAAAAUCUGAACAACUUUUAGCAGUACUGUAUCUGUCCCGUGUGUCUUCUGUAUAUCAUUCAGUACUGUGCUACAUGAAUAACUAUUUUCUAGUUCCCUUUUUUAUUUUUAUUUGUUCGUCAUUUUAUCCUUUCCUUUUUUUAACCCUUCUCAUUUGAGUAAUUCUUGUGUGCAUAUGGUUGUGCAUGUGCAAAUGUGCCUCUGCAGAUAAAAGAAACACUGGUCUGGUGAUGAAUGCACGUAUUUGUUACAUUUUACAGCCCAGUAUUGAUUUUAUCAGUGUUCGAAACAGGGAGAGGAUGGUACAGAGAAUUUGUUUUAAUUUUGGCUGCGUGUUGGGAUACAAUGGAAGAUAUUCUCCUCCCCCACCACCCAAAUCAGUUUUUCAGUCAGCUGAACCAAUAAAAUAUUCCGUAUAAAUAA